AUGGAAGCAUCACCUGAGGCAGAGGCAAAGGAGGUAAAGGCAAAAGCAGCAACCGAUGAAGCAGAACCACCGGCGAAAAAGCCAAAAAGGGCAUGCCCCAAAUCUGGGCCAAGAGCCAAAAGAACAAAGACAAACACUGCACCUGCAGCAGAGCCAUCAGAGCAUACAGCAGCCAAAGCAUUGGACAUGAUCCCGAUCCCUACGCCAGCCCGGGCAAAUGCAAAACCACCGAGCAUGACAACCAGCAAGGCCAGCAACUAUGAAGCACAUGAGUUGGAUGAUGAAUGCAACAAGUUUGAUGUCUAUGCUGUUGCUUCGGCAUUGUCGGAUGUUGCAAAGCUUGGUCACAGCAGCAGUUUGUCAAACAAUGGCAACCCAUGCAACGAACCAAGCAAUUCUGACAAAGAUGACACACCACAUGGAGCAGAAGAAACUGAAGAUGAUAGGAAAACAAAAGCAAAACUUGAGCAGAAGAAACGCUACUCUCGCAAAAGCUGCGCAUACAGAAAAGCAAAAACCGAAGCAUUGAAAAACGGCAAAACCCAAGAAGAGGCGGCAGCAGCUGCUAAGAAAGUGCUGUUGAUCAUUUGGAGUUGUGACACAUCGACCAAGUACGAGCUGGUGGAGCUCUUUGCUGGUAAGGGCGAUGUUGGACGUGAAUGGAGGUCAGCCGGACGUGCAGUGGGGCAGUUUGACUGGGACUACUGCCCUGCUGGUAUGAACUUCACCGGCAAUGGCGGGUUCGCAACCGCUAUCCAGAUGAUCCUUUGCCUGAUGCCCAUGGGUUUGGUGCUGAUGGGACCAGAUUGCUCUUCGUGGACAGUGAUAUCCCGUGGAACAUCAUGGCGAGCUCCUCAUAACUUUUGGGGUAAUUUGACCCUGCCAUGGAUCCAACAGGCUAACCUGAUGAUAUCCAGGUUGACGCUUACGAUGAUGCUCACCGUUGCCCUGGGCUGCAAAUUUCUGUGUGAGCAGCCAAGUGGUACUGAGCCAGUUUUCGCAAGACAUCAUCGGUUUGAGGAGUUUUGCAAUAUGUGCUGCUUCGUAUUCAAACAACGUUUCUGGAUGCAACUUCAUGGAGCACCAUCGCCAAAACCAACAAGUAUGUGGAGCAAUGAUGAUUACAUUCUUGAUGGUUUGGUGCUUGCCCCAGCUGUGUCAACAAUUCCACAUUUUACUAUGUUUAAUAUUCCCGAAUUAUCCGUAUGGGCCUACCAACUCUAG